GAAAGAUUAAGGUUAUAAAUCCUAAUGGAUAGCAUUGAUGUUAUAAACAAGAAUUUUUAUUAAUUAAAAAUGAAUAAACCAGAGUUAGAAGGAACAGCACACUUGUUGGAUGAACUGGACAAAAAACUUAUGGUAUUGUUACGCGAUGGUAGAACACUCAUAGGGUAUUUACGAAGCGUUGAUCAAUUUGCCAAUUUAGUUUUACACAGAACUAUAGAAAGAAUUCACGUAGGAAAGGAAUACGGUGAUAUACCCAGAGGUAUCUUUAUUGUCAGGGGUGAAAAUGUUGUCCUUUUAGGUGAAAUAGACACAGAGAAAGAAGAUAAAUUGCCUUUAACAGAGGUUUCGGUAGAUGAUAUUUUAGAUGCCCAACGUAAAGAACAAGAAUUGAAAAUCGAAAAGCAUCGUCUGAUAACAAAAGCUUUAAAAGAACGUGGACUGCAAAUUAACGCUGAUUUAGUACAAGAUGAUCUAUAUUAAAGCAUUAAAUUAAUAUUAUUGAAUUAUUUUAUUUAGUAUAUCUUCAUUUGUUACUUUUAUUAUCUCUUAUAUUCCUAAGGAAGAAUUAUAUUUUGAAAUUUUUUACUUACCUAUUUGUAAUUUGUGUAUGAAAUAGAAAUAAAAAUAUGUUUUAUGAUGGAA